AUGAAACAAGCCCUUCCGAGAGCUUGCAAUGCACUCGCGAAAAAUCAGCUGUAUCAUAUAACCACACCAAUAUUCUACCCUAACGCUAAGCCGCAUUUGGGCCACUUGUACUCAAGUUUACUAUGUGAUGCUAGUAAGAGAUGGCAUGGCUUGCUAGAUCAAAAAACACUGUUGACAACGGGAACCGAUGAGCAUGGCUUGAAGAUUCAAACCGCAAGCGAAAAAAACGGAUACAAGACUCCAAUGCAAUUCGUGGACACGCUUUACCGCGAUUUUGUUAAAUUAGAUGAAAUGGCCCAAAUUGAUUAUACGCGAUUUAUUAGGACUACUGACGAUGAUCACGCGAAAUCUGUUCAAGACUUGUGGAAAAGGUGUUGGGAUCGCGGAUACAUUUAUAAGGGAGAGCAUCAAGGGUGGUACUCUAUCUCGGAUGAGUGUUUCUACCCAGAUUCAAAAGUCGUACAAAUCAAAGAAGAUGGAAGCGAACUAAGCCUUAGCGACCUUGACAUCGACCGAGACGCCAAAUUCAUAAAUACAGAGACCAGGAACGAAGUCGUCUAUCAUUCUGAGACCAACUAUUUUUUCAAGCUUUCAGCGUUCCAAGACCGCUUGACGUCAUUAUUAGAAGUCGAAAACCCGCAGUUUAUCUACCCACCUUCAAGGCGGGAUCAAAUUAUCAAUGAACUACGGGAGUUCAAGCUUCGCGAUCUCUCCAUUUCAAGGCCCUGUUCAAGAAUCAAGUGGGGAAUAGACGUACCCCAAGAUCCUACCCAAAAAAUCUACGUCUGGUUCGAUGCGCUCUGCAACUACAUAACCUCAAUUGGUGGUCUAGAAGCUGUGAUAUCCAACACUCCUGUAAGGCUGAAACAUAAAGGCUACACAACUCUUCAAAACCCUCGCGAUUGGUGGGGCAGCACUAGUCACUUGAUCGGCAAAGACAUCUCUAAGUUCCAUACCAUUUAUUGGCCAAGCUUCCUAAUGGCUGCCGGUCUUCCUUUACCUAAGCAGAUUAUAAUUCAUGGCCACUGGCUUUCAGGAGGUACCAAGAUGAGCAAGUCCGUAGGUAACGUUGUUGAUCCGAUAGACAUUAUUUCACACUACGGCUGUGACCCAGUGAGAUGGUAUAUUCUCGAAAAUUCUCAUAUUGAGGCAGACGGAGACUUUCGCGAGGAACGUUUACAUGCUACAAGGGAGCAGCUUGUUUCAAAAUGGGGAAACUUAUUAAAUCGCUGUUGUGGCAACAAGUUCAAUAUAUCAAGAGCAGUCGAAACAUUUGCUGUCAACUCCAAAAAUUCAGAAGAGCUUUCUCAUAAUUUUCAAGACCAACAAACGAAAACAUCGUAUUUAAAUCUUGUAACACUAUUGGGAGCUCUUCCAGAAUCGUUUAACAAACACAUGCUGAAGCUGGACACACGAUCCGCCCUAAAACUUCUUUGGGAAAUUAUUGGCGAAGCAAAUGCUUUUGUACAGAAUACCACACCUUGGCUCAAAUCAGGUAAGGAACAAGACCUUGUAAUUUUCACAGCUGUUGAGGUUGUGAGAAUAACAGCUAUCAUUUCUCAACCAAUUAUCCCAGCACUAUCGGGAGAUUUGCUCGAUCGUAUUGAUGUUUCUAGGAACAAAAGGUCCUUGUCACACGCCUUAUUGGGUCUGGACGCCGCAUAUGGUGCAGAAGCUAAUAAAAAAGGACGUUCAGUCCCCAUCAAAAGAAUACCACCCAGAAUUGGAAUGUCAAGUAUCAUUCCUUAG